AAAACAUGGCGGUCUCAUAGCCACUUCCGUGUUUACAUCCUCAGCAGUUUUAAGUGUUACAGAGUAGUUAUAUGUCAUUAGCGAAUGAUCAGCCAUAUAAAACUGCAAAAUUGUUAGGUCAUUUACAAAAUGGCGGCAGUCAACAAUGUACCAAAAGAUUUACAAGAUGCUAUCAGAGAGUAUCUUGGUCGCAGGAUUAAGUUGUAUAUAAAGCGUAUGGUAAAACAAGAAGUACGACCAGACAAAUGGGAAAACAGAGUCUUAGCAUUUUCAGGAACACGUUUGUUUGUUUUUACUUCAAAGCCAUCCAAAUCACCAGUCGGCAAAUGGUCAACAAAGCAAGAACACAAUAUAUGUUACCUAGAUAUUCAGUCUAUAGAAAGUCAGGCACAAAACAAGCUUGUAAUAGCCACAAAUGAAGGAAAAAGUUACUCCUUUGUCACCUUGGAAACAGAAACAGAUGAAAUCAACCACAUGAUAACCCAUGUGGGAACCUCCAUCAAACAGAUCUUCCCAUCAUUCCCUAUAGAACGAAUCAUGAAGAAAAUAGAUGUCCACCCUCCAGAAAGGUUAAAGAUGAUGAAUGAUAUGAUAAAAACAAUAGAACAAAAGGAACAUGGCCCGUGUGGUAACUUUGCCAUGAUGUAUGCAUGCAUGUGUGAUUAUUUCAACCUCCCUUAUCGAGAAGAAGUUGCAUGGGAUGUUGACACUAUAUAUUUAUCACAAGACUGUCGAGUUCUUACAUUAAAAGACUUUGAUCACUUAUCAGGGAAAGACUUACAGCCCAUAGUGUCUGCCAUAGAACAUAACACAUGGUUUACAGGACUGGAUCUUGGUGGAGUCAAAAUGACUGGUGAAACUCAAGCCGAAGUCCUAAAAGUUAUGCACAAAAAUUGUUUAAUAGAAGAUAUAAAUCUGAGUAAUACAGGAAUCACUGUUACACUGCUUGUACAAUAUUUCAGAGAAUUUGUUGUCAAGCUAGGAACAGCCAUCUUAUCUAACACAGGAAGUCAGCUGACCAGGAUAGAUCUGUCCAAAAACCUACUGGAUGAUAGAGCCAUGAUAUCAUUUCUUGGAUCCCUGAGUAAUCUAUCGAGAGGACUGAGUCAUCUGAACAUCAGUAAUACAAAGUUAACAGGGAAAGGAUUAAAUAAAAUAUUUGAGUUAAUGACACAACAUGACUCAAUCUUUGGUGGACUUCAAGUACUAAAUAUCUCAGAUAACUCAACUAAAGGAGAAGAUUUACAGAACAUGUACAGAUUCCUGGGUAAUCCAAAUAAUAUAACUCAUCUGGAUUUAUCUGGAAUAGAAUGUGCCUUAGAAAAUUUGAUGGUUGCAUUACAAAGGGGAUGUACUAGUCUAACACACUUGUACCUGUCCAGAAAUGUGUACACACAUAAAAAGAAGGAAAUAGCUGUGCAGCCUUCGUGGAAACAGUUUUUUGCCAGCACCUGUAGUUUAGAAUAUCUUGAUAUGUCAUCUUGUAAAAUACCAGUUGAUGCUUUAAAAGAACUUAUGUUGGGAAUUUCUAGUAAUAUGCAUUUGACAAACCUCCAGUUAAAUGUGGCGGGUAACGACUUCCAACAGUCAGGAUCUAUGAAUAUAGAAAGUACCAUAGCUAAUAUACACAAUAUAGCUAGCUUAGACAUCAGUAAUAAUAAUUUAGACCAAGGAUUGGCAACACUGUUACCAUGGAUAAAAACAAACAAAAGUUUAAAACGUUUGUCAAUAGGCAGAAACUUUGAACAUGUGAAACAAAAACAAUUACCGACAGUUUUAGAUGGAAUAGUACAACUCAUACAGGAUGAGGAUUGUGAUUUGGAAUCAUUGUCUCUGGCCGACUCCAAACUUAAACAUCAUAUAUCACUGGUCAUCAAUGCUUUAGGCAGUAAUGGGUCUCUUACAGAACUAGAUAUAAGUGGCAAUCAGUUUGGAGAUUUUGGUGCUAGAAUGUUAAGUAAAGCUUUACAGAUAAACAACAAACUAAAGACCAUUAUCUGGGACAAGAAUGGUGUCACUUCACAAGGAUUUGAAGAUGUUGCUGAUGCUCUAGAAAAGAAUUUCACAAUGAAGAAAAUGCCUACCCCAGUAAAUGAUAUGGUUCUGGCUCAACAAAGAAAUCCUGAGAAAACUGAGGCAGCAAUACAGAGGAUUGAGGCACUGUUACAAAGAAACCACAGUCCACAGAAAUACCUGGUCAAUAGGGAUUAUAAAAUACAAGGGUGUUAUCUUAGCUCUACACAACAGAUGGUUGACCGAUUGGUUGUACAAGUCCAGGACACAGUAAAUGCUUUACAGAUGACCCCAUCAGUUGAUGAUUAUCAACAAGACAUAGAUGUAGCCAAUGGCUUUGUUAAAGAUGCAAAUACUUCACAACUUCUUCUGCCUCAGUUACAAGAUGUAGCAGAUAAAUCAACAGGGGAAGAUAACCCAGUAGGUAAACGUCUCAAGGAACUCUCAGAUGACCUGAAGAAAGUUCUGGAUAAUCAAAUGAAGAAAACAGUUGAAGACAUGUUAGAAUGUACAACCAAACAAUUUACUGCCAUAACCAAAGAUAAGGAAUUUUCUACAGAAUUAAAUAGUGGAUGUCACAAGAAGAGCAGUCUACCAGAAGACUUUGCCACACACACAUUAAAUGUUAUAGAAAUGGACGUCUUUAAUAAAAUAAGUGAACUGAACCUGGCAGUAGCAGCCCAUAUAUCAGAUAGAGUUAUAGAUGCUGUGAUAGAAAACUUAUCCUCAAGUCAUAAAAAACUGACAAAUCAUUUGAACCUGGAAAAGAGUAAGCAAGGAAGACCAGUAAAGAAAGAAGAGAUAAAAGAGACAGAGAAGGGAGAUAAACAGGAGAAAGACAAUAUAGAUGAUCUAAAAUCAAUGGAUUCCAAAUCGUCUGACAGUUCUCCUGCUCUACGACCAAAUAAGCAAACCCCCACGAAGAAUACAGGAGAGACACCAAACAUUGCAUCAAAGAGAAAAACUGUUAAUAACAGGAGACAAAGACCACCAACUGUAAUAGAAGCAGAGCACGUAAUAAAAGCUUUAGAAGUUUACAACAGUGUUAAUCCUGACUCCACACCCCCGCCUUCACCUUGUACAUCAAAUGGUCAUUAUAUUACCAUGACAACAGUUAAAGAUGCCAAAGAAACGAAAAAAGUGGAGCAGAGGAAGAAAGUUGGUUCUCAGGAAGACCUUACAAAACUCCCAGACUUAGAUGUUUUACCUGUUGAGAGAAUUAUAGAAUCAGUUCCUGACAAGCCAGCACCUAAAUCUGUAGAUAAUACACCUGCUAAACCAGCCGACAAGCCAGCAACUAAAUCUCUGAACGAAACAUUGGCUAAAUCUGCUGACAAGCCUGUAUCUAAAACUCCCGCUAAAAACUUGAAGGCUGAUCCACCAUUAUCAUCAUUACCUGAUUUAGAUACAGUGGCACCAUUAACUCACCUCGGCAAAGAUCGUCCUCGACGGAACAGAACACAUCGUCCUGGUCGUCCGACAACACCAGCAGCAAGUCUAGGAGAGAAGGACAAAGAUUCAUCGGAUGCUGAUAACAAUAUUGAUAUUUUCUUUAAGCCAACGGUUGUUAGAGAUCAGGUGACAGCGCCAGCUCAAAGUAACACAACAAAAGAACCCAAAAAAGUCUCACGGAACAAAAGCACUGAUGGAAAGGCUGAUGGGGGCAAAUCUUUGUUUGGAAACAGAGAUAAAAAAGAAAAAGAAACACCACCAAAAGAACCCAAAUCAAAGACUUUGUUUGGUAAGUUUCCUUUUGGAAGAUCAAGGCAAGCAAGGGCAGAACCUGAAAAGAAAGAAGAGGUGAAAGUAGAGAAAGACCCACCAUCAGAAACUAAAGAAAACACACCUAAUAAAGAAAACACAGAGCCAGAGGUCAAGGAAGAGCAUGUGGAAAAAGAGGAACCUAAAGAAGAGAAACCCGAUCCAGAGCCAGAGAAAAAAGAGGAAGACAAACAACCAAAGAAGGCUUUGAGGCCUCCUGGGGGUGGAAUAGGUCUCGGUGGCAUGGGUGGGGAUAUGUUGGCUCAACUCAAAAAGAAACAACAGAACAGAAAAUCUAUGGAUAAAGCACCAAGUGAAGAGACAAAAGAAAAGGAAGCUGUAAAGCCACCAAAGCCAGACACAACAGUAUCACUCAAACCUUCAGAAACAAAGAACGACCCGAAAUCCAAAUCUGUCUUACAGCUGGUACACGACCAGAAACAGGCACAAGAUCAGAACAGACCAAAACCAGCACCUCGUCCAUCCAGUAACAGGACAUCAGCUUCUUCCAGGUCUUCUGCUUCUGGGGAAGAUGGAGAAACUAAAGUUCCAAAACCUGCUUUAAGACCACGCCCUAAUCCACCGCCCAGACCUAGGGCGAGUGCUCAGAGUGAUGAUUUAAGUGAUACCUCCUUACAAGAGGAUAAAGUAGAUGGCAGUAAAUCUAAUACAGACAGUAAAUCUGCUUCAUUACCAAGAAAUGUACCUCCAGUUAUCAAACAAGCAGACAGGGGUUCUAGUAGACCUGUAUCCAUGUUUAACCAGAUUAAAAAUGAAAAAGUUUUGGAGCAGACAUUACAGCCUUCUAAGUCAUUUGGUGAUCUUACAGAAACAGACGAUUUAGUUACAGAUUUGAAGAAAAUUGUGGAAGAUAAAAAUGAAGAAAAUGGAGAAAAUUCUGGUGGUGAUGAAAAGAAAGAUGUUACUUUGAGAACCAGUAUAAAGGAAGAGGUCAAAAAUGAAGAAAGUAAAGAUGAAAAUGAGGCUAAAAAGCCAACUGAAAAUGGAAAUUCUAAAAGAUCAUCUGAUGAGAGUGUUUCUGAAGAAUCAAAUGAAGAAAAACCAACUGAUUUUGAAAGUGAUGUAAUAAUGGUAUAAGACGUUGAGGUGUAUUUUUUAAUAGUUGUGAUUUUUGGCAAUAUAAAAUGUAAAUAUUAUAUAAAACACACAUUCAGUCUUGUUCCAAAGAUAUUUCCCAUGCCAAAAAAUGUAAUUAAGAUUUUAUUUUGAUAGUUCAAUGCUCAACAAAAAUUGAACUCUUCUUCGUUAAAUCAAAACAUACCAGUAUUUGAACUUAAAUCAUAAAAAUCAAAUUUUAAGAUGUUGUAAGAUAAAAGACUAUGCAGAGUUGAGGUGUAGUUAGCGCUUAAUUUUAAAUACUUCAUUCAAAACUUUUCCAUUUUUUUUUGGUUAUUUUUUGCCACAAGUGCUGUUUCUUGACUUAAAUAUCUUUAUAAAUAUUUUAGGUUUAUAACAUUGUAAUUUUUGAGCACUGUAGUUUGUGGUGCUGUACAAUAUCUGCUGAAACUGUUCAUGUGCAAUAAUUGUUUUUGAUGAUUUAUAUCAUGUUUUUUUUAUAUAUAUAAUUUUUUAUUCACUUUAUACACUUUGUAUAUGUAUAUACUGGCCUAUACUGGACUUAUAUCGUCACUCUUGUUACUUAUCUAUUCAUGUAGUUGUGUUUAAAAAGUAUUGGAAGGAUAAGAUGAAGUAUUAGUUUAAAUAGUGUAGUCAUUUUCACUUUGGUCAGAGUACAUACUUGAGAGCAAAAAAAUAAUACCUGGAAAAAAAAUAUUCAUUUAAAAAUUUAUUUUUAAUAAACUGCAAUAAAAAACUAACUGCAAAUAUGACUUGACAAACUAAACUGAAAAUAUCAGCUCCAAAAAUUGAUUAUAUGUUUAUGCUAGAUUUUUUUAUUUAUGAGUCUGUUUAAAACAGUUUUGUUCCAUGCUAGAAAAAAUAAUUCAAGCAUUUGUUAAUAUAUUGUUCAGAAUAAUUUUUAAAUUCUGUGCAAGCAAUAAUUUGAAAAGAGGGAAACGAAUCAUGUUCCAGUGCCAAAUACUUACAAAUUGUUAUUGAUGAUAAAAGUGGGAUAAAGUGAUGAUUUGAGGUUUAUUUUGUUAUUGUACAAAUACAAGGGUAAAUAACUCUUGUUGUACAAAUACAAGGGUAAGUAACUCUUGUUGUACAAAUACAAGGGUAAAUAACUCUUGUUGAGGAUAUUUCUAAAUAUCGAAAUGUACUGAAUUGUAUAAUUGGUAUUUCAUCAGCUAGUCAUUAAUGUUAUUAACAUUGAAGGUUAUCUCAUGUGUUUGUAUGUUAUUUAUAAUUCAAUAAAAUAAUUGAAGAACUUACAACUUAUUUACUUUUUCAACUAUGUGUGUUUAAGGGAAUAACUAUUUAGCCCCAUACAAUUAUAAGCUAAUAACUUCAUUCUGUCAUGAAUAGUUUGGCAGACUUUUAUUUAUAGGCAAAGGAACAAUAAAUUUAUCUACUUAGAUCACUAUGUGUAUUCAUUCAUAAAUUUCAAAAGAAAUAGAAGUUUAUUGUUGUUACAGUUUAUAAUGUGUUCCAUUAAAUUAUUUACUCAGAAUUUCUAUAAAAAUGUAAAUUAAGUUUCCAUUACUCAUCAUAACAUGUGUUCCAUUAAAUGAUAAACUCAAAAUUUCCAUAAAUGUUGAAUAAUUAUUAUAUAUCAUGAAUAUUCAUAAGCAUAAUAAUACAGUGUAUAUAGUGUAUAUCUGUAUAUAAGGAAUGACCAAUGCUUUACUAAACUCAUCAUUUGUACAAAUUCUACACAAUGAACUUAUGAUUUCUACCAUUAAGCUGUAAAUCACCUCCUAGGGAUUUUCAUCUUUUAUAUUUCAGUUACUUGAGUGGCUUUAUAGAUUUACAUGCUUUAAAGAGGCACUGGCAUCUUUGGGGUUAGUGUACUGAAGGUUUAUCAUUGCUUUGAAAUUUAUUCAGUGAAAUGUACCUCAGAUUGAAUAUUUUUAACUUCAAAGCAAAAAUAGAAAGAAAAAAAAUAGAAUAUAAUGAAAUUUAGAAUUGACAUGAGACUUUAAACUGAGGGAACAUAAAAUUGGUGAAGGUUUGAAAAAAAAUAGAAUUUGUAUUAAAUUAAAUUAAAUGUGUUGUUUUUGAAAGAGGGAUAACCUUGUCAUGCUAGUCAUAGGCAAUAUAAGUUUGUUCUAUAUAUAAUAUUGAUGGAAUUAAUUUCAUAUUCAAUGUAGCCUUAAACUUACUGAAAUAUUUUUGUUACAUCAUUUCAUUUGUAUAUCUGUAUAUAUUUAUAUAUAAUGUAUUUUCACACACAGUUUUAAUAUCUUUGAAGUUUGGUACCUUUACAAGUUUCCAACCCGGCAAGUUCUUGAUUUUAACACUAAGUACGUAUAAAAGGCCUUGUUUCCUUUUUAGUGUCUUGCUCGAAUUAUACAUGCUUAAACUUUUAUCUAUAGUUGGAGGAAAGGUGGAAAUUAUAAAAAAAAACAAUUUUUGUUUUUGAAUCCUAUAUAUUUCUUCUGUUACUUUAUGUGUAAAGGUCCAUUACAGAAGUAGGAAUUGUCAACACAGGAGAAUUGAAAUAUACAAUCUUUUUAACUGUAUUUCCAGAAAUUGUGUUAUAAAAUAACAAUGUAAUAAAGAGUCCCAACUUGUAGUACUUAGUUAGAAUGACACCCUUAAAGUACUUACACACACUAAAACAAACUUACGCACCUCUAUUGUUAAUAAUAUAAUGCUUAUCAUAUUCCUCAUGAUUUUGUAGUAAGUAGUCAAUUUUCAUUGGUUAACGAUAAUUAUCAUUAACGUAUCGUGACAGAUAGACAUGUAUGAUACACUGUUUUGGGAUAAUUACAAGUCAACAGGAAUUUUUCAAAAUACAAAUAUCUAAACAACUAUCUACUGUAAAUUCAGAAAUUAAUGAGAAGUUUUGAUUAUUGCAUAAAAUGCGACAGAGUUGUAGCGCAUUAAUUUAAACUUGCAUUUUGAGAAAUUUUUAAUAUGAAUUUAACAGGACUUUUCUCAAAAUGGUAAAAAUUAAAAUCGCAUUUAAGUUUAAAAUGAUAAAAUCGCAAUAAUAAAUGCACACAAUAAUUUCAGAAUUUACAGUAUUUCAUUAAUUAAUGUAGAUAUUAAGAUUUAUAGAUAAUAAUGUUAUUAAAUUAUGUUUAACUUAUAGCACUGUCGUCAUUACAUUCUUUCUGACAAGAAGGAACAACUAUAGUCCAAAAACAUACAUUGUAGUAAUAUCAAAUAAAUAUUUCAUUGAACAUUAACAAAGUGUAUAAUUAUGGUAAAUAUGAUGCUCUGUGAGCAAAAUUAAACAAAUCUGAAGUUAAACUUAAGAUUUUUUGUUGAUAUUUGUUUUUUAGGAUAGUGGACCAAUAUGUUUUAUAUAAUGUUGAAUUUACACCAUAAGACUUCACAUAGCUGUUAUGUUCUCUGGUAUAGUUUUUGUUAAGUGUUCAUGAUUAACUUAAGACUAAGGAUUUCCUGUCUUUAUUUGUUGGUUUUAUAUUUAUUAAGUUCAUAUGGGAAUUAUCAUCAAAUAUAUAUUCAAAGUACUAAAAAUAACAGUAAUAAAGUUAUAUGUUUUCUAUAAUAAUUAUUGUAGUGUUCUAUUUGUUUUUCCUGUUAUGAUUAUACUAUUUUUUACUGUACUAAUUAUUUAUCAUUCACAAAAUGAGUACGAGGAUAGACUAUAUUUGUUAAUAAAGAGUUUUAAGUUUUCACAGAGAAGUUUAACAAUAGAAGCUUGAUUUUAAUGGGUAAAGAUCAAAGAGAACUUCCAGAGGUUUUUCACCGAGUUCUUUAUUAUAACUAAAAGUUAGAUUAUUGAUUACCUUGUUCAAUUUUCAGUUGAAAUGGUUUUGGGUUCUUUUUUAAUAAAUUUUAUAUACUAUAUUUGACACUCCAAUAAUUAUGUUUCAUCUACGUUUUAGUCCCAUUUUGUUAUUGGACCAAUUUAAAGAAGAUAGACCCAUGAUAUACAAUUAUAAUAAAGAGAGGAGAGACCAUACAAAUAUAAUCUAUGCAAAGAUAAUGUUCUGUUGACUUUGUUAGAUAAGUAGUGUUAUAAACACCCUUUACAUAACUUUUAUUAUUUCACAUUUACUUUAUAUAUAUAUGAUAUGUUUAUAAACAUUAAACAUAUAUUGUUAUAA